CCCGCGCACCCCGCCGCGGCCGAGUCCCCGCGUGCUCUGCUCCGGCCCGGGCCGCCCGCGCUCUCCGUGCGGCCGCGCGCCAUGUCCGGGCACUGCCUGCUCGCGCCCAUCCCCGAGUCCUCGUCCGACUGCCUCCUGCCCAAGGACAUCAAGCUGGCCGUGCUGGGCGCCGGCCGCGUGGGCAAGAGCGCAAUGAUUGUGCGCUUCCUGACCAAGAGAUUCAUUGGCGAUUAUGAGCCGAAUACAGGCAAGUUGUAUUCACGGCUGGUCUACGUAGAGGGGGACCAGCUCUCCUUGCAGAUUCAGGACACCCCCGGGGGCAUCCAGGUCCAUGACACCCUGGGCCAGGUGGUCGAUCCGCUGUCCAAGUGCGUGCAGUGGGCAGAGGGCUUUCUGCUGGUCUACUCCAUCACAGACUACGACAGCUAUCAGUCCAUCCGCCCCCUUUACCAGCACAUCCGGAAGGUCCACCCCGACUCCAAGGUCCCUGUGGUCAUCGUGGGCAAUAAGGGGGACCUGCUGUACGCCCGGCAGGUGCAGACGCGCGAUGGCGUUCAGCUAGCCCACGAGCUGGGCAGCCUGUUCCUUGAAAUUUCCACCAGUGAAAACUACGAGGACGUGUGUUGUGUGUUCCAGCAUCUCUGCAAGGAAGUCAGCAAGCUGCAGGGCGGCGGCGGGGAGAGGCGCAGAGCCUCCCUCAUUCCCCGGCCGCGCUCCCCCAACAUGCAGGACCUCAAGAGGCGCUUCAAGCAGGCUCUGUCUUCCAAAGUCAAAGCCGCCCCUGCCCUGGGGUGAACCCGGCUCCCCCAGACGCGCCUCCUUUUUAUCGUGUGUUUGUGCAGCCGGAAAGACUGGGGGGAAUCUCCCUUUUUAAUCCCACAAAGUUUAUUUUUAUACAAACUCUUGGUUUUCAGGCGUAUGUGUAUUUCUGAAAAUUCAAACAGGGAUUGCCUAAGAAGUUGGAUAGUUGUUUUUUUUUUUAUUAAAAGGAUUUUUUUUUUACUCUAACUGCUAGCCACUUUUCCAUUAAAGGCGAAAUGGCAACAUGGCUCCUUGCUUUUUAAAAUGUCUUUUUAUAGAAGUCAUACUUGCACUAGAGCCCAGAACGGCUCCACGCUUGCCCUUGGUCUGAACUCCUGUUGGUUUCUUUCGGGAAGGGGGUUGAUGCGGAGGGAGUCUGUUAUGGGAGAGAGGAAAGAAUGUGGAGGAAGAAAGCUUUGAGCGACUGCAGGAUGUCUUUAAUUAGGGUGCUUUGCCACAGGCAUGAAAUUGAUACCAUGUGAUUUUCAAGGAAAGGGGUUCGUUGUAUGCUGGUGCUAGAAAAUUACAAACAUGAGUUAACAGUUUUAUGUGUUGGUGCAAAUGGAAGUUUAUCCUCUCCACCCGUUCUAAAACACAAAAAUGCCUCACAUUAGGGGCGCCCUGGCGGCUCAGUUGGUUGAGUGUCUGACUUCGGCUCAGAUCAUGAUCUCCCGG